AUGCGUGCAACAGACCGUCUCGAAAUCCUGCUGCAGUUCCUGCGCAAGAAGGAGGCUGCAAUGCCCUGCACCCUUCCUUCCAUCCAGAAGUUGAUCGGCAUUACGAAUGAGGCUUUGGACACUGCGAACUCCUCCGAUGCCGCUUCUCCUGAUCCAAGAGCAGUGCAGGCAGUUCUGAAGAGGCUGCCGGUGGCUGCGUUGCUAGGUGAGUUCUUCACUUCUGACUUCGAUCCAAAAGUUCGGGUCUGCUUGCAGCAAGAGCUUUCGAACCUGCGCGCACAGUGUGCCGCGAUGCUCCCGCAUUCUGAUCCUUAG